CUGUGCAGAUGCUAAAAGCUGGUGCCAAACCUAGUAUGAUUUAUGAAGCUAUUAGAGAUGAAAAUGGUGAGCCAACUGUGACAAGAAAAGAUAUCUCUAAUUUGGAUACACAAAUUUAUCUUUUAGAAGAAAAUGCAUCAAUGGAAGCACUAAUAACAAAUAUGAAAAAAAGAAGAUACAUUGUUUGUUCAGAUACUUGGAUCUCAGAUGAAUCUGAGAAAUCAUAUAUCUGGAUGCUAGAAAAGCUCUUUUCUCUUAUGUUUUUUGAUAUUGUUCCUUCUGUAUUUGUUACAGAUAAUGAUGCUACAUUAAUCGAUGAUUCUUAUGAUGAAAUUAUAAAAAUAGUAGAACUAAUUAUCUAUUCAGGAGAUUGUGAAUCAUUAAAUUUAAUAACCGUUUCAUAUAAAGCCUUGGCCUCCUCAAAUUUAAAUGCAAAUAAAGCAAUAAAAUAUCUUAAUAGAAAAAAUAAUGAAAGUGCACAUUUAGCUAUGAGGCAUGCUAUUGAGUCCUCAAGAAGCUUAAUGAAAUCUUUUAAUUCACUAGACAGAUGGCUAUAUUUAUAUCAUGAGGAAAGAUUAUUGCAAUAUGAAAAUGAAAGUAUAAAUAUUGAUCCUUUAUUAACAUUGGAUGACAAGAAUCGAUUAGAACCAUUUUUAGGAAAGGUGGCACAAUUUGCUCUGAAUAAGAUCAAGAAUGAGCUUCUUAAAGCAACUAUCUAUAAGGCUUGUUUAUCUAAUGAUAUAGAUCAAGUAUAUGAUCCAAAAAGUGAUAGAAAUUGUAGAUUUCGAGCACUUGCUUUUGCCAUUAGAGGCAAUAAAAAAAGUUGGUGUCUCAUCAAACUAGCCAUGAAUAGCUAUUUGAAUAAGCAUAUAGAAGUUUAUGAAAAAUGGUUGAACUAUAAUAUUAACUUACUUAUACAGAUAUUAGAGUCUCAGGCAUCUCUAUGUUCACCAUCACUUUGGUUUUUGUCACCUAACUGUGCACAAUUAGCUGCUGACACUUUUUCUAUUUAUAUAGCCAACUUUGAUGAGGAUAAUAAAAAAUGU